AUGCAGACCGCAACCGGUCUUGUUUUCCGUCAGACCCAUCCGCCUGCGCUUCACGCAUUACAACCCUCUACCCUCCGCGAAACCCUGGCGUCGGCGAAGAACGUUACCCCUCAAAACUCCGCGAAAUGGCAGCGACUGCCUCCUAUCUCAUCUAUUUCGCAGCUCCCGGCGAAUAUAGGACAGUCGAUCCGGCCCGGCGGUCCACGUCAGAUCAAUGGCGCCGUGAUGUGGCAACAGCUGGCAGGCGAGGAUUGGGUGGCGCUCCGGGAUAACCGCUCCGAUACGCGGCUCCGGAUCUUUUCAGGAACGGCGAACAAGCAGCUCUCUCAGGAGAUUGCGUCAUGCAUGGGACUUGAGCUUGGGAGGGUGAAGGUGAAGCGAUUCGCGGACGGCGAGAUUUACGUGCAGCUGCAGGAGAGCGUGCGCGGGUGCGACGUGUUUCUGGUGCAGCCCACGUGCCCGCCGGCCAACGAGAACCUCAUGGAGCUUCUCGUCAUGAUCGACGCGUGUCGACGUGCGUCCGCUAAGACCAUCACGGCGGUCAUUCCGUACUUCGGAUAUGCUCGCGCCGACAGAAAGACCCAAGGCCGCGAGUCCAUAGCGGCGAAGCUGGUGGCGAAUCUGAUCACGGAGGCGGGCGCUAACCGUGUCUUGGCAUGCGACCUGCACUCGGGGCAGAGCAUGGGUUACUUUGACAUCCCCGUCGACCAUGUGUAUGGGCAGCCUGUCAUCCUCGACUACCUCGCCAGCAAGAUGCUCUCUUCAAACGAUCUGGUCGUCGUCUCUCCAGACGUGGGGGGCGUGGCCCGGGCCAGGGCCUUCGCCAAGCGCCUGUCUGAUGCUCCUCUGGCGAUUGUGGACAAGAGGCGGCAGAGCCACAACGUGGCAGAGGUGAUGAACCUCAUCGGAGACGUGAAGGGCAAGGUGGCGGUGAUGGUGGAUGAUAUGAUCGACACGGCCGGCACCAUUGCUAAAGGCGCUGCUCUGCUGCACGAAGAGGGGGCCAGUGAGGUCUACGCAUGCUGCACUCAUGCUGUCUUCAGCCCUCCUGCCAUUGAGCGGCUGUCCAGCGGGUUGUUCCAGGAGGUGAUAGUCACAAACACGAUUCCGCUGACUGAGGAUAAACUUUUCCCGCAGCUGACCGUGCUGUCGGUGGCCAAUCUGCUGGGAGAGACCAUCUGGCGCGUGCAUGAUGACACCUCGUUGUCGUCAGAGCAGCACCCAGCAGCAGCUGGUAUGGACAUUGACUGA